AUGACGUACAAUUUGGUGAUGCUGAGUUACGUUGCCUCAUCGGUGGUGGAAUUCGCGAAAUCACAAGUUGAAUGGAUGUCUGAUAAAGUGUUAAAAUCAUUUGAAGUUGGCCGCUACAAUCCUUUCCAGUUCCGACAUGUGCAGCUUUGUCAUACUCUUACCGAGCUGAUUCGAGUGAGGAGUCCUAAGGUGGUACUUGUAAGCGGUUUGGAUAUGGAGAGUGGCUUUUCGAGGGAAUUAUUUCUGGAUUGGUGCACUGAUGUCAAGAAUACUGUUAUUAUAACAGGGCGUUCUGGGGAUAGAACUCUUGGCGCACGAUUAAUUCGUAUGGCAGAGCAGUCAGCUGAAAACCCGAAUGGUUCCAUAAAUCGGAAUCUAACAAUAGAGGUUAAGCGAAGAAUACGCCUGGAUGGCGCUGAGUUAAAAAAUUAUCGCGCAAUGAAACUUGCGGAAGAACGUGAAGCAACUCGAAUUAGGUUGGAAAAUUCACGCCGAAAUGCGAGGCUGGAGCACGCUGAUUCAUCAGAAGACAGUGACGAUGAUACAGUGAUGGUGCUUGGCGCUUCUACAGCUGGGGCUGCCGGAAAAUUGUUCGUUGCUUCGAGACAAGCAAGUACCGGAGCAGAUAAUGGACAUUUUGGAAAUAACUCUGCCGCAGCUUCAGCAGACGUCACAGCAACUCAUAUAGCUGAACAGCGCUCUCACGAUAUUAUGUGGAAAUGGGAGCAACAACAGAAGUCAUCAUUUUUCAAGCAAAGCAAAAAAUCGUUUCCGAUGUUUCCGUACAUUGAAGAAAAGACCCGGUGGGACGAUUACGGCGAGGUUAUACGGCCGGAGGAAUACAUGGUAUCGGAUACUGCAGCGUUGCCGCCGCAUCCUGCAGAAUCCAAAGAUGCUGGUGGUGCUGGCUCUGACUGUGAUGAACAAGUUACUCUGCUACAAGAAGAGCGUGAAUGGCCAUCAAAAUGCAUUAGCCAAAUUGUGAAAAUGGAGGUUUUGUGCAAAGUUGAUUUUAUCGAUUUCGAAGGGCGUUCAGACGGUGAAUCGGUGAAAAAAAUUCUUUCACAGAUUAAACCCAAACAGAUGAUUAUUGUGCAUGGCUCAUCGGCAGCCACGCGACAUCUAGCACAAUACGCACAGCAGCAAAACAUCGUGCAGGUGAAAGAUGCAGAACUGAGUUGGCUAGAUGCUCGAAUAACAAGACGGAAAACAGUAACAGCUGCACAGAGUGUCACUGAAGAGAGCGCAGAAGCGGGCGCGGGCAGGGAGAAUGACGUGGAAAUUAUGGAGCAUGACGGUGUGGAAUCCGAAGAAAAACGAUUGAACAAUUUGAAGGUUGCAUCGGCAGAUACAUUCUGCUUGGAACCAAUGAUUUCCGCUAACAUCCCUUCACAUCAGGCCGUGUUUGUGAACGAUCCGAAACUUUCGGAUCUGAAACACCUGUUAUCAUCGAAUGGAUUUCGGGCAGAAUUCAGUUCUGGUGUGUUGUAUGUCAACAAUGUUGCUAGCAUCCGACGUAACGAAGCUGGACGUUUUCACGUGGAAGGCUGCGCUAGUGAAGACUAUUAUAAAAUACGGGAUAUUGUCUAUGCACAGUUUGCUGUCGUGUAA